GCGUUCUGGCAAGUUAGCAUCUUGUUUGGCGCGGGUUCCUCAAAGUGGAACAACAGUGCAGUGUGAGAGGUCUCGGAUUCGGGAAAGUGCAUUAACGUGCGUGAUUCGAUUGGUGGUGAUAGGAAGACUUGUUCAUCAACAUGUUCGGAGUGGCCAAAUUCUGGAUUUGGCCACUCGUGGUCAUGGCCUCGCUCAAGCGCGCCUACACGGCGCCGGACUACUGUGACUCGAAGAUCUGCUUCGGUGGCGUUCCGAACAUCGGUUGCAACAACGACGGCAAGCUGAGCAAGUCCUGCCCGAAGGACGCCAAGAUCAUCGAAAUGACCGACGAACUGAAGAAGCUGAUUCUGGACACCCACAACAACUACCGCAGCACGCUGGCUACCGGUGGUGUGAAAUGGCUGCCCAAGGCCGCCGCUAUGCCCACUUUGACCUGGGACGACGAUCUGGCUGCCACGGCUCAGAUGAAUGCAAACCGUUGCGAACGAGGUCACGACAAGUGCCAUAACACGCAGGAUUAUCUGAACUCGGGUCAGAACUUGAACUACAUCGCCACCAGUGCCGAUACGAUCGACGUCAAGGACCAGGUCCCGAAAUUGAUCAGCAGCUGGUGGGAUGAGCGUCACGACGUCAACAAGAACAUGGUCAACACCAUGUACGAUCCGGGCAAGAGUGUGAUGGUGUUCCACUUUGCCGUGCUGGGUAGCGAUAAGGUCAACAAGGUUGGAUGCGGUCUUGCACAAUGGACCAACGAGAACGCCUGGCUGCAGAUGUACCUGGUGUGCAAUUACUCGUUCAACGAUUUCAUCGGUAUUCCCAUCUACGUCAAGGGUGCUCCGUGCUCGCAGUGCAAGACUGGCUGCAACUCCAAGUUCGCCGGUCUGUGUAACGAGGAUGAACCGGUGCCACAGUUGAUCGACUAUCCGGCUCCACAAGCUUAGGGUGGACCACCAGAAAAAAAAAAACAGGACAGCAUUGUAGUACUAAUUCUAGAUUUCGAAGUUGUCAGCAUGCCAAAAGAAAACCACUGACCCGACACGUGGUUGCGAUGUAUAGCAAUACAGUAUUUUUUGGUGAUUGGGAAA